UUUCCAAUCAUCACACUUCAUCCAUCCUUCUGCUUUGACAAUGGCUUCCAUAACUCUCUAUGUUCUUCUUAUCAACUUCCUCUCCAUCCUCUGUUGUGCAACAGCACACACAGAGCCUCAUCCUCAACACAAAACAUACAUUGUCCAGCUAGACAGUGAUCUCCAAAAACCAUCACCUUUCCCCACUCAUGAACUCUGGCACUUAUCACUUCUGCAAUCCUUAGCCGACCCCAUAACCGACCAAGAGUUGUUCCUCUACAGCUACACCCACGUUCUGCAUGGGUUUAGCUGUAGAUUGACGGAAGCUCAGCUCUCCGAGAUAGAGACGUGGCCAGCCCACGUUGCCACUUAUCCGGUGACAUACGGCGGGAAGCUUCUCACUACCCACACUACAGACUUCUUGGGGCUGCGACAUGAUUCGGGGCUGUGGCCGAAUUCCUCCUACGGUGAAGGGGUAAUCAUAGGGUUUGUUGACACGGGGAUCUGGCCAUAAAGUGAGAGCUUCCAUGAUCGAGGCAUGCCAGCUGUUCCUGAAAGGUGGAAGGGGCAAUGCGAAGAGAAAUACGACUUUAACUCUUCGUACUGCAACCGAAAGCUGAUCGGGUCUCGGUUCUUCCUAAAAGGUUCCGACAGUAGCCACAAUUCGGGAGGCAUCUUGAAAGUAAGCCAUGGGAGUCAUGUAUCGUCGACGGCUGCGGGCAACUUUGUCCUCGGCGUCAGUUAUGCCGGUUAUGCGAAAGGCACGGCCAGAGGAGUUGCUCCUCGUGCCCACAUAGCAAUGUACCAAGUGGACCCGGAUUCAGAUGUCCUUCCUGCGGAAGUGCUAGCGGCAAUUGACAAAGCAAUUGCAGACGGGGUUGACAUCAUCUCCUUGUCCAUCGGCUUCGAGGGUUUAUCUUAUGAUCAAGAUCCGGUCGCAAUCGGCGCCCUUUCUGCUGCCGAGAAGGGCAUUUUCGUGGCUGCCGCCGCCGGCAACAAACCAGCAGCAUCUCAUCUUCUCAACGGACCGCCGUGGAUCACAACAGUCGGAGCCGGGACCAUCGAUCGAAGUUUUACAGCAAGUAUGACCCUGUCCAACGGAGUGGAAAUGAAGGGAUAUUCCUACUUUCCCCUAGACAUCUCUACCGUCGUCGAUGUUCCCUUGUACUACCGAAAGGGGAAAUCUGGAUGUGAAGCUUCCUCGCUGAACCGCUCACAAGUUGCAGGCAAGAUGAUACUCUGUGACAACUCCAUCAAGGAAGAAAUCUCACUUGAGUUGGUUCCAGCUCUUAACCGAUUGGGGGCUUUUGGAGCAGUUUUGAUCACUGAUCGGCCCGCCGAUUUGUUAGAGCCAGAGGAUUGCUCGAUUCCCUUGAUAGCUAUAUCUCAGAGCUCAGGGGAUUCGGUAAGGAAAUUUGUAAUUGACAACCCAGGAGCCAAAGUACAGAAUCUGCGCUUUCAGUCGACAGACAUUGGGGUCAAACCAGCUCCCCAAGUGGCGAGCUUCUCCUGCAGAGGGCCGGACCAAUUUCACCCGGGGAUACUGAAACCGGACAUUUUGGCUCCCGGCUUUGAAAUCCUGGCGGCGUUCUCCCGCAAGCUGCCAUACAUGUCUCUCGGGAGAUACAGUCUGAUGACCAAUUACGGCAUUCUCUCCGGCACAUCGAUGGCGGCCCCACACAUUGCUGGUGUUGCAGCUCUUCUGAAAUCCGCCCACCCUGAAUGGAGCCCAGCUGCAAUUAGAUCGGCCAUGAUGACGACGGCUUACGCGAACCUGACGAGAAAGCAAAUCGACUUCAUCUUGCAGGGGCGCGGGUGGCACUGCAGCAGGAAAAUUGAGGUGGAAGAGCUGAACUAUCCUUCUCUCACCGCCGUAUUCAAGUCCAAGAGCAGAGCCGUGGAGUUCAGCAGGACCCUGACGAACGUGGGGGGCGACGGGAGGUCGGUUUACAGAGUGUCGGUGGAGAAUGCCCCGCCAGGGAUGAGAAUCGAGGUGGUGCCGGAGACUCUGGUGUUUCGUCACAGGAAUGAGACCAACAAGUUCCAUGUCCACCUGGAGGUUGAAGAAGGAUCCCCCGCGGUGUUGUACUGUUUCCUGCGAUGGAGUGAUGGAGACGGCCAUGUGGUUUCCAGCCCCAUCGUCGCCCUCACUCUCGACGAUCACGGCCAGUGAGAAUUAUCAGCUUAGCUCUCGGGUCGGGGGUAUGGCCUAUGGGUAUUGUGAAGCGAAGCUGCGACUUUCGCUUAAAUAAACAGUUCAGUCGUUU